AUGGUGCGCUCGACGCGCCCAGACACCAGUGCCGUGACAUGGGGUAUUUUACAACGAUCGCUCGCAGGCACCGACUGGCCUGCUAUCUUGCAAACAGACUCCACCGGGCAGCGCACGGCAGAUACGCGAAUCCGCCUCCUGAAUCUUCUAUACGUUGCCACCACUGUGCUUUUGGCAAUCGCUGCGGUCACGACACCUGCCGGUUUGUUCGACGAAUUUCGGUAUGCCACAGCAUCAACCAUGACAGAUUUUGGAACAGCUCGCGAUUCGAGCGUCUUUGGCCAAGUCUCCAAACAGACCAAUGACGCACCCUGGCGUAUCUGCUCCGAUUACUGGCAAGGUAACGACAGCAUAAUGAUGGACGUGCAAUGUCCAGGCGAUAGUCAGACAUAUACUGUCAUUCAGAAUGCGAGUGGCCUCUAUCAGGAUUGGGACGGACCUACCCACUAUGUAACGGUGGAUCCUUCCAGGGUCGAGAUCUAUCACAGUGGUCUCGCUGGCAUUUCAAAAACAGUGUCCAGCUUCUUCGACAUACAAGCCCGCCGCGUCAUCUACUCGACCGGUGACUAUGACGGAGAAUUUGGGAAUGUUUUGCCCGUGGAUGGCUUCCGUCAUUUUCUCACCACGGUGGUAGACGACGACUAUCUCUUGAUCGAUGGUCUCAUCGUUGAUGCAAAAAGAGGAGGCAUCGGGUUCAGAAAUCACACAAUCCCCAUGAAUGCCCCACUAGGCGCCGAAUGGGUCGAAGAUCUCCUCUUCAUCGAGCCCGAAGCAGCUUGCACCGACAUGAACAUUUCUUACCAAUUCGAGGUCCCUUACCUAAGUUCGAACAGCACUAGUAGCACUGUCGGAAAUAUCUAUUACCUGGUUGACCACGGCGGACUGACUAACCUUGACAUUUCGGCGAAACCAAAGUUCCCUGCCGUCCGUCAAGACACCCUGGACGUCCAGCAGCGUGCGGAUAUUCAAGCAUACUGGGGUCUCUACAACAUUCUGAAUACCUCCUUUAUGAAUCUGUCUGACCCCGCCACCAACCUACCCAACCCCGAGAAGUCAUUUAUCGGCAAUCGCAUCAAAGCCAUUGACGAUUACUCCGAUAUCUCCGCUACAACCGGCAUUCAAACGGGCACUGUCAUGUACGACCUAAUUGACGAUAUGAAUCCGACGAGUACAGAAUACGAUUCUCGGACCCCAUUCUAUGAUCGCUGGGAAGAAUGUGGCCACUGGAACAAGACAUUACCCGUCGAUAUCGACAAUUUCCCUAUAUCAUGUGGUUAUUUCAUCGGGGCUGCCGUGCAAACCAAUGGUCAGCUGCAGAGUAUGGCCAGCGAAGGCAUGCAAGUAGAACGGAAGGUCUACAGCUGCGCUGCUGCCACCAAAGCAACCAUCAAAACAGUUCAGUUCAGGUAUAAUCUCACCGCGGAUCAAAAUGCCGAUGAUCUGAGCAACAUCCGAAUCCUCUCUGUCGUCGAUAAGCAGUACUCUUCACCAGAAAAGGAACCUCUGUGGGCUGUUGAGACACCGAAGCCGUUAUUGACAGGAAAUAUGAAUCAAUUGUGGGGCCUCGUCUCUUCCGAAUAUGUAAACACUCCGAACAUCACAACCCUCCGCUCUUCGCACCUCUAUCUCACUUUCUGGCCCGGGUUUGGCUCAAUUGAGAGCGAUUACAAAGCCUCGUCGUAUUUGCCCGCCGCGCUCGGCCUUGGUGCAAUUAUGAGUACUGUAUGGGACACAAAUCCCGCCCUAAGCACUGUUGGCGAAAGUUUCUUCUGGAAUGGCUAUCUCGAUCUCAAGUUACUGAGACGAUGGCAGAUAUUGGGCCAGAACGCUAAGACUGCUAGUCUGGUGCCGGCGUUGGUGUGGACAGAUAUUGCGAGUAACUACUUCACCGGCAGCCGCGGAUGGCUGAGCAACAACAUUAUUCCAAGGCCAUACAACAAUGACACUCAGCCUGGACUAUCAAAGAGGGACACUCCAGCGGACGAGCCAGUGACCACCAAGGUGCCGACGUUUCAAGCGGAGAGGAAGAUCUUGUAUCAUUGGCCUUACGGAGUUCCUGCAUUUCUAAUGUGCUUCAUUCUCCUGCUGUUGUUGCCGAUCACAUUUUUCGCGGCCAUUACGGGCGGUAUCAAGGACGUGAGAAGGUACCUGAGUAUGUUAUCUGCCGGGCGGCUGUUGCUUCAUAUUUCUCCAGAUGAGAGCAAACGUUCGGCCUCUGAAGUGGUGAACUACUAUCGAAUGCCAUACAGACGAUGGGCACGGACGAAGGAGCUCGGUAUGAGCAAGGUGCGAGCGGAGGGGUGGCAAUGGAUCCGUCAGAGGAAAUUCGAUCCAGGAUGGACUGGUACGCCAGAGAUGAACGGCUUUGGGUCUCUACACGGGAAGCCGGAGUCAGAAAUGGUGGCCGUGGAGCAGGACCACGAACAGAACCUGGGUGGGAAGCCUGUUGCCCAAUCACGUGACACGUUGCUUGGCAAUGUCGCAACUUGUUAG